CGCCGGCCCGCUCCGCUUCGGCCCCCUCCCUGCCGCGCCGCCGCACCCCGCGCCCCGCGCUCCCCGCCCGUCCUCCGUGGGAGUCGUGGGAAGCGGCCGCCCUCGUGGGGCGGGAGGCCGGCCCGGCCCAGCGUCCCCAGGCCUGCGCGGCGGAGGGCGGCCCGCCCGACCUGUGAGGCCCGGGCGCCGCAGCGCGUUGGGGCGUGCACGCAGUGGGCGCCGGGCUGCCUCGGAAGGCGGCCACGCCGGCUCUGGGUGGCUGUGUGCACGCGGGCGCUCUCCCGCACACAGUAGGCGCCAGGAAGUGAUUGUCUCGGGCGUUUAUGUCCGCUGUGCUCGACUAAAUUUAUGAAAUACUUGGUUUUGUUCUAGAAGGAAGGAGAAAUUCACAGUUUUAAAGGUGGCAAAUUAAUUAUGAAAGACAUAUCCUACCUUUUUCUCCCAGUAAAGAGGCUUUAGUCUUCCCCUCCCCCACCAAGUUUGGUGAGAAACAUUAGGUUUUACUGUGCAGGGAAAACAGACACCCACCCAUCUUGUGCAUUUUUGGAGACGGAAUGGAAUGAUCUGGUUGGAGGCAUUGAGCUCUGCUAUGAUUACUGUGCUUCAUUUCUGGCCUGGGGAGAUACCUGGAAAUGCUAAGACACUAAGUUUAAGUACUCCUUGACAGUUUGUGCUGUCAGGGUAGAUUUUAGCUUUUGGAAAGAAUCUUGUGUGGGUUCUUGGAAGGCAAGUGCAGGCCUAGGAAUCUAGGGGCGGUGGACUUUGCAUUGAUUGGCUCUUGAUUUUGUACUUGUGGCUGGCUGCAUAGGUUAGUGUGACUUGGGCUUUCCUUGGGUUAAGUGCGCUGAAGCUCCUUAAUAGCUUGAGAGGAGCAGAGAUGCAGAUGCCAGAAUAAGCUCAAGUCUAGGAAAUACAAAAGAUUAUGUUAAGUUUGUCCCCAGAAUCCUUUACAAAGCAGGAGAUCAUGGGCGUGUGUCAAUGCACAGUUAGGAACAGACAAAGUAGUAGUUACUGCUACUGUUCUUGACUAAGUUAACAGGUGUGGAGAUAAAGCUGAGGUCAUGGGCGUGGUGUACAUGAAGUUGUGUAGAAAGGGUACUUCGUGGCACUCUUGUGGACGGGUUGGAGCAUUACUACGUGGCUGAUAAGGCAGAUAUAAUGCUGAUUUCCAAAUGGAUAACUGCUCAAAAUUUUCGCCAGAGGUUGAUAAUGUCUUUAUUGCUUCUUGUAGUUUUGACCUUAGCCUUAUUUUGCUAAUGGUUUUCUUUUUUUAAAAUAUGGCUUGUGGUAGGAAUGAUGGACGUAAAGUACAGUGUGACUUAGCUGCGUGGAAGACGGAAGAGAAUUUAACAAUUCCACUGACUCGUGACUGGGAAACUUCUUCCCCCGGUGUUCGGUGUUCGCCAUCUUAAGACAUAGCAUCGCUGCUUUCCUGGGAUUUUUCAAGCCCUUUCACAAACUGUAUAAUUCAUCGCUUCAUCUGGUAGCUUCUUUUCAGAGCUGUGUUUGCAGUUUGCCCCAUCCGUAAGGUGGAGGCUCCUAAAUGCAUGCGUGUAUGCCUGCUUGCCUGCUUGCUUUCUGUGAUUUUGAGACAGGGUCUCAUUCUGUCAAGCUGAUUUUGAGUUCACUCUGUAGCCACACUGGCCUCAAAUUUGUUCCAGUCCUCUUGCCUCAGCCUCGCAAAUGCUGGGAUUAUAGGUGUUCUCUUUAAAUCCAUCGCUUGUCAGUCUGGAUUUAUCUCUUUAACCUGACAGUCACAUCCUGAUUAAAGCUCUUGAGUAGAUUCUUCAUCCCUUUGACGUAAUCCCGGGGCUGGACCCACAGCAGUCUCAGGCCCCACCCUCCUGCAGGGCUCUCCUGACUUUGUAGUUGUUAGUGCUCUUCUCUUGCUCUAGCAUUUAGUCUUUAGUGUCCUUGGCAAUGCCACAUGUUUCUUUCAGGGCCUUUGACUUUGUCGUGAUAUAUCACCUCCUUUUGUCCUUCUGAAGCCCUAAUGUUGCAGGUCUUCAGAGAGGCUGUCCUCAGAGCUGUCAAAAAUAACUUGCUCUGCUUUGUACCACUCAUUGUCCACUUCAGUGGUUACUGGUUAGUGAAACCCUGCCUCCAACUGAAAAGUGAAGGGCUGGAGGAUAGCUGUAUGGUAGUGUCUCUGGGUUCUGUGAGGGUACGGAGGGGACACUCUUCUGUUAUUUUUUCACAAAAAUAUGUAUGUUAACAUGGAACCGACCUAUUUUAAAUGAAUGAAUAUUUAAAAAGUUGUGUAAAUGUCUAAUAGGGCAAAUAUUAGAUGUAAGUUCUAUAAACUGAAGGUCAUUUUAGGGCCUCAAUAAUUGAGAAUGUUGAGAGGUCCUGAUAAAAUGCUUGAGGAGUAUUACUGUAUCAGUUACUCUCAGUAGUGAUUUUCAUAAUCUAAAGUGAUUUUGUCUAUUUUUUGUCACUAUUAUAAAUUUAUCCUAAGAAAACUGCAAGGUCUGUAGCAAUUUCCGUAGAUACCAGAAGUGAAGUUCAGAAAGGCUAAUCGAUUUGGAAGGUCCACCUAGCCAGUAAGUGUUGUAGUUAGGAUUUGGGUCUGCAUUUGAGUCCAGAAUGUACAUUUUGUUUUGCCUUAAUAAAAGCCUAUCAUUUGAGUGAAUCCAAUAGUUUAUUUUUUUAUUGGAUAUAUAUAUAUAUAUAAACACAUUAGAGGAUGUGACUGUAUGUGAUGUGUGUUGCUGCUUUUAUCCCAGUCCCUCCCCUUCCUUCAACCCAGCUUUCCUUCCUUAUUUAUGAAAGGUUUGUUACCAUUUUUUCCUUCUGUUCUUUUUUUAUUCUCCCCUUUCUUUUUCAUUCCCACUCUUUCCUUGUUCCCCUUCUCAUUUGUACAUUUUUCCCAUUUUCUGUUAUCUAUUAUACAUUUUGGUCCUUACUUAUGCAUUCAGUUUCUUAUACCAGAAAAAGUGUGGUAUUUAAACGUGUGUCCGAUUUAUUUCACUUAAGAGUGUGAUCUCAAGGUCCAUCUAUUUAGCUAGAAAUGUCUCAAGCUUAUCCUUCUUUAUGGCAGGGUAGUACUCCAUAACAAUUUUUUAAACAUAAAAAAAGCCCACAGCUUCUUUAUCCAUUCAUCUGUUGUUGGGCAUCUGGGCUGUUUCCAGGAUUGAGCUAUAAGAAACUGUGCUGCUAUAAACUUGGGUGUGCAUACAUUGCUGAGUAGGGUGAUUUUAAUUCUUUUGGGAAGAUACCAAGGAGGGGUAUAGCUGGGUUCAAUGGAACCUCUAGUUUUAGUUUUUUGAGGAAUCUCCACACUAAUUUCCACAGUGGGUUUCACCAGACUCUACUCCCCUCAAGAGUGGAGAAGGGUUCCUUUUUUCUGGAUGAGUCCAUUUGUGCAAGUUUUUCUUUUUUUGUACUGGAGAUUGAAUCCAGAGUCUUUACAUUGGACUGAAUCUCCAGCUGUUUAAAAUUUUCUUUAAAAAAUUUUUUUAAGGUAGUCUCUCUAAGUUUCCCAGGUGGGACGGCCUCCCCAAAUGCUGUGAGUAUAACUCUUUCUUUUUAGAUUUGCAUUUUUUAAAAUUUAUUUUUUAAGAGAGUAAAAUUAAACAUAAAAGAGAACACAACAGAUCAUAAGAUAACAAUCUGUGUAAGAAACACAGAUUUCAAAGCAAGACAACCAGAGAUCUUCACUAUCACAUUGUUUUUUGUUUUCUUCCAAAUAGUUGUCCCUAUCUUCGCAUACAGUGAAUUCAUACAAAACAAAAUAGUAUAGAAGACUGUAGCUCUCUUUGAGCACAUACUGUGGUAGGUGAGUACUGUUGGGGGUCUGGAGAUGCAAAGCAGACCCAAAGACUUGCUCUUGGCUUCCAUCUAGGAGAGUGUUAGGGAUGGUGGCAGAGACACUGAUUGGCCAUAGGGAGCAGCCCUUGAAGGGCCUAGGAAAAAUGAUGUAGAAAUUGAAACCUAAAGCCAGGAUUACGAAUAGGCCUAACCCAGGGAGUGGGGGACAGAAGUCACCCUCCACAUACUGAGCAUGAGCUCACAGUUGUAUGUCAUGAGUAAGUGUUAAGGCUGUUGGCAUUCCUACAACAUGCCUAAAGUUUCCAUAUGAGUUAAUUUUAUCCUCAUUAUGUUCAAAAUUCUUUUGUAGUAUCUCUUGGGGUUUCUCAUAAAUUCCUCAAUAAGGUGUGGCUUGUUUCCAAACAUUUGGGGCCUUUAAAAUGGCCUUCUUACUGACUUCUGUAAUUACAUGAUUGUCAGGAAACAUAACUUGAAUUAUUGUAAUCAUUUGAAAUUUGGUGGAGCUUGUUUCAUGUUCUGUGGUCAUAUUUUGUAAGUGUUCCAUGUAUGCUUGAAAAGAAUACAUAAUUUGGUUUUAUUUUUGGUCAAUUAUGAGAAAAGUAAUACUUUUUGGUUUUAUUUACCUUAAGGCCUUCUUAAUGAUUGUGAGGUAGUAUCUUGUGGGUUUGAUUUACAUUUCUCUAGUGAUUAAUAAUAUAGAUAACUUUUGUAUAUUUGGCUAUUUGUAGGUUUUUUGAGAAACAUCAAUCUUUUGAGUUUUGUGGCUUUGUUAUAGUGUUUUUCUAAAAAUUCUUUAUGUAUUUUGUACACUAAGAUUUUAAUAGAUGCAGUUUGCAGAUACUUUCUUCCAUUCCCUAGCUACCACUUCUUUGAGAAUGCCUUUGACACAGAAUUUAUGAAGUCCAAUUUUUUUCUUGGAGUACCUAUAGCUUUUGGUAUCAUAUUUAGGAAACCAUUAUCAAAGCCACAAUCAUGAAACUGUUCGUGUAUUUUUUUCUAAGAGUUGUAUAGUUUAGUUCUUAAGUUGAGAGCUUGGGUCUGAUUUGAAUUUUUUUGGUACCAGGGAUGGACAACCUUGCGUUUACCAGGCAAGUGCUUAAGCCACUGAACUAAAUCUCCAGCCCUGAAUUAACUUUUAUAUAUGGUGUGAGGGGUUAAGGGUCUGAGUUCAUCGUUAAGUGUAGUCAUCCACUUACCCAAAGUCAUCGUUGAAGAGACUGUGGUUUCCUAAUUAAAUUAUCUUGGCACUCUCAAAAGUCAGUUGAUAGUGUAGGUGAAGGUUUUUCUGGACUUGGUUCUGUUCAGCUGGCCUGUGUGUUUCCUCAUGCUAAUUCUACACUGUUUUGUCAGUUAUAUCUAGAUAUAUUAAAUACCUUAUAAAUUAUUUUUGUACUAGUUUGUGUCAUCUCACAAAUUGAUGAUACAUGUCAUACUUAGAAAACACUUUCUAUACUUGGUAAGAAAUACGUAACUGUGCAUCAUUGUGCAGCAAACUAAGGCGUUCAUGUUCUUUCUUGUAUUAUCAGCUUGAAAAUACUUGGCAAAGAACAUUUGGCAGCUGGAUAAAAAUGUGAUGUACAGUGGUAUUAGGUGCAGUGGUAUAAAACAAGACAACUGUGCACUCUGAUAGUGUUAGUUUUCUGAAGAUAUUACUUAGACUAGCCAUUCUUUUUGUCCAAAUACAAAGACAGAAGUCCUUAUUUACUUUAAGGAGCUUAUGAUUGAUUAAAUAUGAUAGCUGUUUACCAUAGAAAGUAAUUCAUGGUAUAUACAACACUUUAGCAUGUUGAAGCUUCACAGUAUUGUGGGGAAGAGCCGUGGAGUCUGGAGCCAGUUGGAAUACCAGGACUUGCAUUGGUAAUGGCCAGCUGAUAAAUGAGUCACGGCUGAAUACCUACCUGUGGCAGGAGUUGGCAGGCUUUUUCUCUAAAGGACCAUAUUUAAAUGUUUCAGACACUGAGGAUUAUCUGGCUCUGGAGCACUCAAAUGCGCUGUUGUAACUUGAGAGCUGGUAUGGGUAAUAUGUCGAUUAACGGUUAUGGGUAUGGUCAGUCAAAGUUUGUUCACCAGAAAGCUAGGCUAUAGUUGGCUAAUGCGCAAUCCAGGGAAAAGUCUGGAAUACAAAAUAAAAUUGUGUAUUUUAGCAGUUUACUUUCAAGUAAAGUAUGUUGAUAUUUAACAUACUGAGAAUAACAGCAGUUGUGGUGAAUUGCUAGUGAAUGAAUUUUUGUUUUUGUUUUUUUUUUUUUUUGGUACCAGGAAUUAAACUCACAACCUUGGACUUGCCAGGCAGAUGCUUAUGCCACUGAGCUAAAUAUCCAGCACAUAGUCCAUGAAUUUUCAAGAGAGCUCACUUAUGUAAUUAGUGCUCAGAAUAAUAGGACGUUAACAGCAUCCUAAGAAGGCUCCAUUAUGCUCCAUUCCUAGCAAUGCCUUCCUAAGUCUAGCCACUGUUCUGACUUGUAUGGCAUAGGUUAGUUUUUGGCUAUGCGCUGAAUGUUUUUUAAACAAUUAAACCAUAUAGAAUGUCUAUUUUGGUUGGGUGUGGGGGCACAUGCCUGUAUUCCCAGCACUUGGGAGGCGGAGGGAGGAAGAUCACCAUCAAUUGCAAGCUAGCUUGGACUACACAGUGAGUUUAAGCGCAGCCUGAGCUGCAUGCUGAGACCUUUUUUCAAAAAUAAAUAAAUAAAAGUCUUUUUGUCUGUUUUUUUGGUGAAUAUGUGAGAUUCAUCCAUGUUUUUGUAGAGUAGUACUUUGUUCAGAGUCUGAACUUCUCCAGUGUAUUUACCCAUUCUGCUUUUGGAGCCCAUUUGUGGUUAGUUUCUGCCUGAUAUAAGUAGUUUCAUUAUGAAUAUUUAAACUUACCUUUUUUUGUGUAUUUCUGUUGGAGAUAAACCUAGGAGUAGAAUUACUGGAUUCAAAGGUAUGCAAGUGUUCAGCUUGGGUUGGUGGUGCCGAGUUUUCCAGUGUGGUGGUGGCACCUUUCACUCUCCCUAGGAGUACACAAGGGUUACAGUUGUACCACAGCUGCAUCAGUCCUUUCCGUUUUAGCCAUCCUGAUGGAUGUGUAUUUUUUAAAAAGUUUACAUACAGUUUAUAAAUUGGAUCUUCAUAGUAACUUUGUUAGUGGGAAAGACAGAAAUCAUUAUCUUCCAUUUUGGGUGAAGAGAGAUUAUUUGGUUGCCAGACACCUACAACUAACCACGUACCAGCACUGACAUGUCCUUGUUUUCUGGCUUCAUAUCUUGUGGCAUAUAUGUUCAUAUUUCAGUCUUGCAGGGUUUUUUUUUUUUUUUUUGGUCUUUUUUUGAGACAGGGUCUCGCUAUGCAGUUCAGGCUGGCCUUGAGCUCACUUUGUAGCCCAGGCUGGUCUCGAAUUCGCAACGAUCCUCCCGCCUCAGCCUCCCGAGUGCUGGGAUUACAGGCGUGAGCCACCAUGCCCGGCAGUCUUGCAGUUUUUAAGACACACUAGGGUUUUCUUUGACCUUAGAGGAGCUGUCACACUGUGACUAACAUCCCUGCUCUGAGAGUAAAAGUACAUGUGUUAGCACUGACGUGACUUGUGUGUUUGUAGAGAUGAGAAAUAGAAUGAUGGCAAUAGCCAAAGCAGCAGUUGUGCUGUAUGUUGAAAAUCAGUUUUCCUGCAUCAGAGGAAGUGCUGUGCUCACCAACACCCUGCUGGACCAUGAUUAUCCAAAGGCCCUGUGACUUAAAUUGUGAUUGUCGGAUUCUGUCUCCUAGCUAGAAGAUGGAGUUUUAACAUUGGAUGCGGAGAACACUGAUUAUGACUGUCCAGUUCCAAACUUCCAUAAAUGUGAAAUCUGCCUGCUGUCUUUUCCAAAAGAGUCUCAGUUUCAACGCCACAUGAGGGAUCAUGAGCGAAAUGACAAGCCACAUCGAUGUGAUCAGUGCCCCCAAACAUUUAAUGUUGAAUUCAACCUGACACUUCAUAAAUGUACCCACAAUGCAGAUGACCCUACUUGCCCUGUGUGUAACAAGAAAUUCUCCAGAGUGGCUAGUCUUAAAGCGCAUAUUAUGCUCCAUGAAAAGGAAGAGAACCUCAUCUGCUCUGAGUGUGGAGAUGAGUUCACACUGCAGAGCCAGCUGGCCAUACACAUGGAGGAGCACCGGCAGGAGCUGGCUGGCAAGCGUUUCCACACCUGCAAGGCUUGCAAACAACAGUUUGAGACUUCAGCAGAGCUGAAGGAGCACAUGAAGACACACUAUAAAGUUAGGGUAUCAAGGUCUUAUAAUAGGAACAUUGACAGAAGUGGUUUCACUUACUCAUGUCCACAUUGUGGAAAGACCUUUCAAAAGCCAAGCCAGCUAACACGACAUAUAAGGAUACACACAGGUGAAAGGCCAUUUAAAUGUAGUGAGUGUGGAAAAGCCUUUAACCAGAAGGGGGCGUUGCAAACCCACAUGAUUAAACAUACAGGUGAAAAACCCCAUGCCUGUGCCUUUUGUCCUGCUGCCUUUUCUCAGAAAGGGAAUCUUCAGUCCCAUGUACAGAGAGUUCACUCAGAGGUCAAGAAUGGUCCUACCUAUAAUUGUACAGAAUGUAGUUGUGUAUUUAAAAGUUUAGGUAGCUUAAAUACUCAUAUAAGCAAGAUGCAUAUGGGUGGUCCUCCUAACUCCACAAAUUCCACGGAGACCGCGCACGUUAUAACAGCCACACUCUUUCAGACCUUACCUCUCCAGCAGACAGAAACCCAAGGCUCCUCAGCCUCAAGUCAGCAGAAUUCUCAGGCAGUGACCGAUGUCAUCCAGCAACUCCUGGAACUCUCUGAGCCAGGGCCCGUGGAGUCACAUCAGUCUCCGCAAGCCGGGCAGCAACUAAGUAUCACAGUGGGCAUCAACCAGGACAUUCUACAGCAAGCCUUAGAAAACAGUGGGCUGUCUUCACUUCCAGUUGCAGCACCUCCCAGCGACUGCAGCCACACCAAGACGUCUGCAGUGCCAACUCAGAGUCCGGAUAUCUCCAGCGUUUCCACCGAGCAAGGCGACCCUCCAGAUACAGGGCAGGACAAAGGGCAGGAAAGCCCUGAGAAGUUGGAUAAAAAAGAGAAAAAAGUGAUAAAGAAGAAGUCACCAUUUCUACCAGGCUCAAUUCGUGAGGAGAAUGGGGUGCGGUGGCAUGUGUGCCCCUACUGCACCAAAGAAUUCCGGAAGCCCAGUGACCUUGUGCGCCAUAUCCGUAUUCACACCCACGAGAAGCCCUUCAAGUGUCCGCAGUGUUUCCGGGCAUUCGCUGUGAAGAGCACGCUGACAGCUCACAUCAAAACCCACACCGGAAUCAAGGCCUUCAAGUGCCAGUACUGCAUGAAGAGCUUUUCCACCUCAGGGAGCCUCAAAGUACACAUCCGCCUGCACACAGGAGUUAGGCCUUUUGCUUGUCCUCACUGUGACAAAAAAUUUCGAACCUCAGGCCAUAGGAAGACCCACAUUGCUUCCCAUUUUAAACACACGGAGUUACGGAAGAUGAGGCACCAGCGUAAACCUGCAAAGGUUCGUGUCGGGAAGACUAACAUUCCGGUCCCCGACAUUCCUUUGCAAGAGCCAAUUCUCAUCACUGAUCUAGGUCUUAUUCAGCCCAUUCCAAGAAACCAAUUUUUCCAAAGUUAUUUUAAUAAUAAUCUUGUAAAUGAAGCAGAUAGACCUUACAAGUGCUUUUAUUGUCAUCGAGCAUAUAAAAAAUCUUGCCAUCUUAAACAACAUAUCAGGUCGCAUACGGGUGAAAAGCCUUUCAAGUGUUCUCAGUGUGGAAGAGGCUUUGUUUCUGCAGGGGUGCUCAAGGCUCAUGUCCGGACACACACUGGACUGAAGUCUUUCAAGUGUCUGAUAUGUAAUGGAGCCUUCACUACCGGCGGUAGCUUGCGGCGGCACAUGGGCAUCCAUAAUGACCUCCGUCCCUAUAUGUGUCCCUAUUGUCAGAAAACGUUUAAGACCUCACUGAAUUGCAAAAAGCACAUGAAAACCCAUAGAUACGAACUUGCUCAGCAGCUUCAGCAGCAUCCGCAGGCUGCUUCGGUGGUCGACAGCUCUAUGGAGCAGCAGAGCAUGCAGGUGUCUGCUCCCUUGCCAGUGGAAAUUGAGAGUGGCGAGCUGCAGCAGACGGCCGAGGCGGUCUCAGCAGACCCCGAGAGCAUGCUAGAACUGGGGCCACAGCAUGUGGUUGGUGCAGAGGAGGGAGCGCUGGGGCAGCAGCUGACAGCUCCGCCUUUGGAAGCCGAUGAAGUAGAUGGGUUUGCAGCCCCUCAGGAUCCUCUGCCGGAGCACAUGGAGCAGUUUGAAGAGCAGGCUCCCUCACAACAGUCCUUUGAGCCAGCAGGGCUAUCACAAGGCUUUACAGUGACUGACACAUACAAUCAACAGACUCAGUUUCCUCCUGUGCAACAGCUACAAGAUUCUAGUACGCUUGAAUCUCAAGCUUUAUCCACAAGUUUCCACCAGCAGAACUUACUGCAAGUUUCGAACUCUGACACAAUUAACGUAACAACUCGUUUGAUUCAGGAGCCGUCCCAAGAGGAACUGGACCUACAGACACAACGCCCCCAGUUCCUAGAUGAUGGUGAAGACCAGAGCAGACGCUCCCACAGGUGUGAUUAUUGCAACAAAGGCUUCAAGAAGUCCAGCCACUUGAAACAGCAUGUGCGAUCACACACCGGGGAAAAGCCCUACAAGUGCAAGCUGUGUGGGCGUGGAUUCGUCUCCUCCGGUGUCCUCAAGUCCCAUGAGAAAACACACACAGGAGUGAAGGCUUUCAGCUGCAGUGUCUGCAAUGCUUCAUUCACAACCAACGGCAGCCUUACCAGGCACAUGGCGACACACAUGAGCAUGAAGCCUUACAAAUGUCCAUUCUGUGAAGAGGGCUUCCGCACCUCGGUUCACUGCAAAAAGCACAUGAAGAGACACCAGGUGGUCCCCUCUGCUGCAUCAGCAACUGAGGAAGCAGAGGGAGGAGAUGUGUGUGUGGAGGAAGAGGAAGAAAGCUCUGACAGAAGCACAUCAAGGAAGUCCCGUCCUGAGGUGAUCACCUUCACAGAGGAGGAGACAGCCCAGCUGGCCAAGAUUCGGCCCCAAGAGAGUGCCACGGUGUCUGAGAAGGUCUUGGUGCAAUCUGCUGCAGAAAAGGACCGCAUCAGCGAGAUGAAGGACAAGCAGGCGGAGCUGGAAUCUGAGCCUAAGCAUGCCAACUGCUGUACCUACUGCCCCAAAAGUUUCAAGAAGCCCAGCGAUCUUGUGAGGCAUGUUCGAAUUCAUACUGGAGAAAAGCCAUAUAAAUGUGAGGAAUGUGGAAAGAGUUUUACUGUGAAAUCUACCCUCGAUUGCCAUGUGAAGACUCACACAGGUCAGAAGCUGUUCAGCUGUCAUGUCUGCAGCAAUGCUUUUUCUACAAAAGGAAGCCUGAAGGUGCACAUGCGCCUGCACACCGGAGCGAAGCCUUUCAAGUGCCCGCACUGCGAGCUGCGCUUCCGCACAUCCGGGCGGAGGAAAACUCACAUGCAGUUUCAUUACAAACCAGACCUGAAGAAAGCCAGGAAACCUGUGACUCGAAGCUCCUCGGAAGGACUGCAGUCUGUGAACCUUCUCAAUUCCGCCUCCAGUGACCCUAAUGUGUUUAUCAUGAACAAUUCUGUCCUAACAGGACAAUUUGAUCAAAAUUUGCAAGGGCUGGUGGGCCAGGCUAUUCUCCCUGCCUCAGUGUCAGCUGGUGGCGACUUGACAGUGUCUCUAACAGAUGGGAGCCUGGCCGCCCUGGAAGGCAUCCAGCUACAGCUGGCUGCAAAUUUGGUUGGACCAAAUGUUCAGAUUUCUGGGAUUGAUGCAUCCAGCAUCAAUAAUAUCACAUUGCAGAUCGAUCCAAGUAUUUUACAGCAGACGCUCCAGCAAGGCAGCCUCCUUAGCCAGCCAUUCCCAGGGGAGGCUGGGGGUGUGGCCCCACAGAACACUGGACAGACCUCCGACAGCACAGUCCCAGCCAGCGUCGUCAUUCAGCCCAUCUCAGGCCUGUCCUUGCAGCCCACGGUGACAUCUGCUAACCUGACCAUUGGCCCGCUGUCUGAACAGGAUUCUGUGCUGACCACCAACAGCAGUGGGACGCAGGAUCUCACUCAAGUAAUGACUUCACAAGGCCUCGUGUCCACCUCCACAGGCCCCCAUGAGAUCACCCUGACCAUUAACAACUCGAGUCUCAGCCAGGUUCUAGCCCAAGCUGCUGGCCCUACUGCUGCGUCAUCCUCGGGGUCUCCACAGGAGAUUACUCUGACUAUCUCUGAGCUUAACCCUACGAGUGGGAGCCUCCCUUCAACAACAUCAAUGUCACCGUCAGCCAUCUCAGCUCAGAACCUGGUCAUGUCCUCGUCAGGUGUGGGAGGAGAUGCCAGUGUUACACUGACCCUGGCCGAUACUCAGGGCAUGUUGUCUGGAGGCUUGGAUACCGUCACUCUGAAUAUCACCUCUCAGGGUCAGCAAUUCCCAGCACUGCUUACGGAUCCCUCUCUCUCAGGCCAAGGAGGAUCAGGCUCACCGCAGGUUAUACUAGUGAGCCACACCCCACAGUCAUCCUCAGCCACUUGUGAAGAAAUAGCUUACCAGGUGACUGAUGUCUCUGCCCACCUGGCUCCUGGUGACCAGCCUGAGAAGGAGUGCCCAGCACACCAGUGCCUAGAGUGUGACCGCACCUUCUCCUCCGCUGCGGUCCUGAUGCACCACAGCAAGGAGGUGCAUGGCAAGGAGCGCAUCCACGGCUGCCGCAUCUGCAGGAAGGCCUUCAAGCGUGCCACACACCUCAAGGAGCACAUGCUGACACAUCAAGCUGGCCCCUCCUUAAGCUCUCAGAAGCCAAGAGUGUUCAAGUGUGAUACUUGUGAAAAAGCAUUUGCCAAACCGAGCCAGCUGGAGCGACACAGCCGCAUCCACACGGGGGAGCGACCAUUCCAUUGCACGCUCUGCGAGAAGGCCUUCAACCAGAAGAGUGCGCUGCAGGUGCAUAUGAAGAAGCACACCGGGGAGAGGCCCUAUAAGUGUGACUACUGCGUCAUGGGCUUCACGCAGAAGAGCAACAUGAAGCUGCACAUGAAACGAGCGCACAGCUUUGUGGGAACCUUGCAAGCCGCCACUGUUCCCCAGGAGCAGGAUGGAGAGGAGCUGCGGACCUUGCACCUGGAGGAGGUGGUGCAGGAGGCUGCGGGCGAGUGGCAGACCCUCACCAAUGUGUUCUGAGGCCGCGAAGGCCCUGCAAGUGCUGUGGAGCGGCGCUGGCGAAGAGCAGAGCACUCACAAUUUCUGUUUUAAAGCUUGAAGUGUUAAAAAUGUACCACAGGAGUUUUUAGCUGUAAAAUUAUCUAAAGAAUCAUUGUCUGUCAGAGACUAUAGGAAAAAAAUACUGGGAAAAAUGUAACUGCAUUGUUCUCAUUUGUCUACAAAUCACUGAACUCAGGUACUACGCUAUUCAGUUUCAUCUUUUCCAUGGCCAGUAAUCUAGUUAAAAGGAAAUUACUUGGAUCUUACUAUUAUUGUAGUGUGAUUUCUUUGUAUUAGCGAAGGCAAAAGUUAGUGUGGACAAAGUAAGAUUUUCCCUCAUGCUUUCUGUUAUAAGAAGCAUUGCUUCCAAAACAAACACAAGAUAGGUGCAUGAAGUUCACAAAAAAUGUCAUGACACAGGAAGUUUUUCCACUUUUUAUUCCAUGCAUUUUGAAGAUUAGUGGCCGUUGACUCUUUUUAACCUACCCUAAGUUAAUAUAAACUAAUACCUUGAGAGGUGGCUGGACCAAUUCUCUCUCGAUCAGAAAUCUAACCCCUGUUUAAAAUGCAAGAUCUGGGGUGCCAGCAGGGGGAAUCAAGGAAACCCGGCCCCCAGGUGAGGACCAGCUGUCUGCACAGGAUGGUGACACACGCGCUGCACGGGUCUGUGCUGUCCUGUGAAUCAGGUCACUGCAGAAGCGCAAGCCGCACACGGCAAGGAGACCAGGGCAGAAGUGUCUCCUAGGAGCAGACGCUGUCCCUGUCCACCCUCAGUAAACACGGUGGCUUGUGUUGUGAUGCUAAGAGCCUAGGAAAACCCCAUGACUUCCUCUUCACGUGUAAAGAGAUGUGUUUUUCAUUUCAGGGAAUUCUUUAGUGUCAUCAGCGGUGCCACAUUAGACUCGUCCCAAACCAAACCCCACCUGUGCGGGGCGGAGCGCACACGUUGUUCCUGCAGCAUUCCAAAGACGGAAGGUUCUCGACUUCAUGUUCAUUUUCCUUUGAAAUUAUUUAUAUGUUCUAUAUAUAAAUACAGAUGUACAUAGACAAAUAUAUGGGCCUCUGUGUGGCUGAGCAGUAUAUUUUGUAAAUAGAAGCCCCAGUCCCCGUCGCAGAGACCGCGUCUGAGGCUCCUUCCCGGCGAGCACUGCAGAUCCGUGUCGUGUUCCUUUUAUUAAUAAAUGGAUAUCUUUUUCACUGUAACAUAGAGCUGGGUUUUAUUUUUUUUCUGAAAAAUAAUUGCCUUUAUUUUCUCUCUUUGCUUUCUUGGUUUCAGAAGAGAGUAGUUUUAUUAUAAAUAUUGUAUGGACUUUGUAUAUUAACAGAGAGGCUCAUUUCAGAUUCCUAGAGAAAGAGACAUUUCACUGUUAUUUUGAAAGAGCAUCUUUUGAUUUUGUUGUUCACCUUUGGCAUUUGUAUAUAAAUAACAUUGGCAGUGACAUAAAAACUUUUGUUAUGUGAAAAUAUUUAAUUCAGAAAUAUUACCUUCUUUUUCCAAACUACUUUGUGUAUUGUAUAUUUUUUUAAGAAAAGAAAAGCCUUAUUUGACUCCUUGUGAUACUGGACUUAUUAUAAAUCCUAAUGCUCCCUGAAUGUCAGUGUGUUCACCUGGCUAUGGUAGUAUUUUCAGAAUAAUUGUAAUUGUGCAAGAGUUUUACAGGCUCUGCUUUGAAUGCACUUUUUCUUUUAUAGUUUUGUAUUAAAAGAUUUUAGAAAUGUUAAUUUUAGUGAACAGAUAUCCCCAAUGUUGAAAUUAUUGGAAUUUUAAAUUUAUGUUCUUGCUGGGUUAUUUCUUUCACUUUUAACAUUAAAUGUCAUCUCAGGACAUCUCUAAAAAAGAGUGUUAAAUGCUUAAUUGUGUAAAGAACAUAGUUUAGUGACUGUACUGGUUAAUUGUUUAAGGCCUUAACAGGUGAACCCGAAGCCUACUUUUAUUUUGCUUAGAGAAAAAAAAAAUCUAUCAGUAAUCUAUUUUGUGUCUUUUCUCAAUUUAUUAGCAGGCAAACACAAAACAUUUGUGUGUUGUUUGAGUUUACUUCCUAAUCAUAAAAGCUGCUUCUUUGCAAAACAUUCUUUGGAAACAUAAGGUGUUUGAAACAACAUCAUUUCACUUGAAUCUUUGUGGUUUACAAGGUUGAUCUUUGUAUUUUGCUAGUUGAUUAAAAAGUUGUUUUAGGAAAGAAAUUUCUAGCCUCAUGCCUAACCAGGGUUUUGAGGGGAGAAAGUUUUAUUUUUAAAACUGUCUCACCAUAGCAUAUCUGCUUGGGAAUAACUACUAGACAUACGCUGGGCUUUUUUCCUUUAAAAUAUUUAAGAUAAAAUACUUAGAUAUGUGAAUUCAUUUCAAGUUUAGGUAUUUUUAACAGCGAAGAAUUGUAGUGACCUUUUCUUUUGCCUCUGUGAAUUCCGGACAGAGAAGCUCCACCCUUGCAGUGCCUGUCUGGGGUGGGCGUCUCUGGAAUGGGGCUGGCCCUUGACAGUGGGGUAUGCACAGUGCCCUGGGCAAAUGCCACCUUGUCCCCACUCAUCCUCAGCGGCUGCCACACUGAGGUUUUCUGUUAGAAAGUUCUUAACUGUCUUUAACCCAGGUUCAUGAUGGAGAAACUCUUUGGUAUUUAAAUAAAUUGAAACCAGAAAUUAUCUUUCCAAAGAUGCCGACUAUGAAAUCGAAGAUGGUGUAGCAGGUGACAUCUAUUGAGUAAAAUAUAUAGAAGGACAUUAGAUUAAAAUAGAAACACAUGGCCAGGCAUGUUAGCAAGGGCCUGUAAUCCCAGCACUUUAGAAGCUGAGGCAGGAGGAUCAUAUGGAUUCAAGGCCAGCCUGGACUACCUAGUGAGUUGAGGCCCAGAAUGCAUAGUGAGACCCUAUCUCAAAAAUCCAUAAUUAAUAAAAUCAAAACAUGCUUUCAAAGAAAUAAACUCAUCAAAAAAUGCUUCCCAGGGCCAGCGAGCUCCAUGUGAGCCCCUCUCUGUGUGGGAGGUACUGAGACUUGUGUGUAGAAACUCUCAGGUGGUGAGUGCUCACCAGAAAGCAAUCUGUGCCUUUCUACCGCGCCACUGCCGUGGGCUGCACAGCUGUGUAGGCAGCUGUUUCCACAGAGGGCAGUGCUCGCUCGGGAAUGUGAGGCCAACAUGUCCUUCUGUGCUCCUUCCUUCGUUGUCGCUUGUGAAGAAACGUUGCAUUUUAAAAUUACAGUGGAGUGUGGUGUUGCAGGCCUGUGGUCCCAGAAUUCUGGGAGCCUGAGGCUGUAGGGUUGCCAGGUUGAGCCUCACUUGGGCAAGUUAGUGACUCAGUGAGAUCCAGUCUCCAAGCAAGAGCAGAGGUCCCAAAUUCUGUCCCCAGGACUGCAGGCGAGGAGACACUGGCUGGUGUUCUGAACUUCUCUGAGCUUUCACAUGCGUAUGUGUGAGAUCGUGUGUCAGUGCAAGCACAGAUGUUAAAAAGUAGGUUUCCAUUCUUUCUGUGUGGGUUCUCCUCUUUCAUAACUUGUUACAGUUCACCUUUUAAGGUUAAAGAACCAUCACAGAGACUUAGGCAACAUUUUAUAAGGAAGUACCUAAUAUACAGAAGAACUGCGUUCUGGUUCCUAUUUAUAGGAAUAUUUCACACCUUGCUUCUUUAACUUUGUUUUUCCUAAAACUUAUUUUAUAGUCCAUAUCCUGCCCUUCCCCUCAUCAAAAGAGUUAAUCCCAGAGCUGAUCAUGGAUAUCUUCUUUUCCUAAGCCUGUUGCAUCCUGAAUUUGGCAGAGAGGAGAUUAUACAACCAUACUUCUGAAUUUAGGAUUCACUUUUUACAUUUAAUUUGUAUUCAUGUUAUGUAGGUGUUUUGGAAUUUUUAGAAUGAAAUUUCAAAAGAACCUAAAUACAUAAUCCAGUGUCGUGUCUUGUAUCUGUUUGUGGCACCUGUAUUUUAACCUUAUUCUAAUGCAAAGUAUAAUUUUGAAGUCCAGUUGCAUAUUAUUUGUUUUCUAAUAAUUGAAGCAGCAGACCUUUUGUAAGGUCAGAAACCCUGCACAUCCCUCACAGUGCCGCGUUCUGCGUCUUUAUGAAGCCCGUGAACCAUGGGUCAGAGCCUGCUAUCGCUUAUCCUCUCUGAAUGUAUUGCCUUUCCCCACACACACCGUGCACAAGUGAGCACAUGAAUUUAUUCCAUAUCAUACCUACCACCAGCCCAGAGGCCCCAUGAUAGUUUCUUAUAUGGAUGACUAGUAAAUACUUAAAGCACUAAAAAAAUAAUAAUAAUAAUAAUUCAUUAGGAUAUACGUCAGGAGCUAGACAGUAAUCCUAAAAGAUUUUGCUGUUUAAUCUUUUUCUAUAUGUAGCACUACAGCAUGAAGACUUUUGUACUGAGUCAAGAUUUGUAUAUUUGACAAGUUCUAAAAUGCCAUAGUGAUUGUACUUGAGUCACUACUGAAAAAAUGUAAAGUUAAUUUUUUUAAUUUACAGAAGAGUUCUCUUCAGAAUUGUCACAUGCUCUAUUUAUACAUUGGAUGAUAUUUAUUUAAUCCAAUUUUGUAUUAGAAAUGGAUAGCUAUGCCAGAAGCCACUGUGCUGGCUUUUAAAAAUAAUAAAAAUAGUUUUUCUACUA